AUGUCCGGUGUCACUCACUCCCACGACGGCGUGCACUCGCACUCGCACUCACACGACCAGUUCAACCCCGCCGAACACGGCCACAGCCAUGAGAUCCUCGACGGGCCGGGAAGCUACCUAGGCAGGGAGAUGCCCAUUGUGGAGGGCCGUGUCUGGGCUGACCGGGCAUUCACCAUUGGAAUUGGCGGCCCCGUCGGAUCCGGUAAAACGGCCCUGAUGCUAGCCCUCUCCCGCAUCCUACGCACCUCCUACUCCGUCGCAGCCGUCACCAACGACAUCUUCACGCGCGAAGACGCCGAGUUCCUAACCCGGCACCGGGCGCUCCCCACCGAGCGCAUCCGCGCCAUCGAAACCGGCGGCUGCCCACACGCCGCCGUGCGCGAGGACAUCUCCGCCAACCUGGCGGCCCUCGAGGACCUGCACGCCCGCUUUGCAACCGACCUGUUACUGAUCGAGUCCGGCGGGGAUAACCUCGCGGCGAACUACUCGCGUGAGCUGGCGGAUUUUAUUAUUUAUGUCAUUGAUGUCAGUGGUGGUGACAAGGUCCCGCGGAAGGGUGGGCCGGGGAUCACGCAGAGUGAUUUGUUGGUGGUGAAUAAGACGGAUCUGGCGGAGGCGGUGGGGGCUGACUUGGGGGUGAUGGAACGGGAUGCGCGCAAGAUGCGUGAGGGCGGGCCGACGGUGUUUGCACAGGUUAAGAAGGGAGUGGGCGUUGAGCAUAUUGUGAAUCUGAUUCUGAGCGCGUGGAGAGCGAGUGGCGCAGAGGAGCAGAGAAGGGAGGUGGGAGGGCCGAAGCCGACAGAAGGGCUGGAAGGGUUGGAAGAUACUACUGCGUAA